AUGCGACAUGCAUGCAGGAUUGUACGUGGGACGUACGUGGAAAGAGUCGCAGGCGAAGUGCAUGUAGCUGGGGUAGACUGGGUCACCUACAAGACUGGGUCACUAGCGUUGUGCUUUCCUUUUAUUUCGGUUUCCGUGCAUGGCUUGGCUUAUUUAAAGCAGCUGGAAGAUAUCAGUGAGGGUCUUGCACCGAGAUACAUUUUGUUCAACAGGGAAAGAGAUGGUUAUCUUAAAUCUCUGCCUGCCAAACAUGUCAACGCCGGAACGGGUUUUGAAAGAUUGAAUUCCAUUCUUCAGGGCAAGACGAGUAAUUGUGAUACUGAUGCACUCUUACUCGUCUUUGACGCUAUUCAACAGGCGACUGAUGCCUGA